AGCCACGCGUCUUAUGUGAGUGGAAUAUGUAAUAAUGUUAGUGGAAAUAUUUUGUGUUUUACUUGGUAUUUUCGCUGUUUACUUGUUUUUUGCAAAAUGUAGACAAAAUGCAACGACUAUUGAUGGACCUACAGGAUUACCACUUAUCGGAUGUGUUCUAGAAUUCGGACAUGAAAACAUGCAUUCGAAGUUCUUGAAUUAUGCGGAAAAGUUUGGAGAGAUAUUUCUUGUGAAAAUGCUUUGGGAAAAUGUGGUUGUUCUGAAUAGCCAACAGUUGAUAAAAGAAGCAUUUUCUGAUGACAAGUAUAAACAACAGUUUAAUGACAGACCAGAAGCAUUUUACGGAGAACAUUUUUUGGUUUCUAGUCAAACUGUUGGUUCAACCCCAUACGGCUCAGCUAUUUUUCACCGAAAUGCGAGAAAACAAUUUGUUCAAUCUCUCCAUGCAUAUGGAACUGGAGUACGAGAGUUUGAGGAACAAUUCAUGACAGAAAUUGAGAGUUUUGUCACGGAAAUGGCACGCAAAGAUGGCAAAGUUUUCGAUAUUCAAGAGGAUAUCAAACACACACUUUCAAAUACGGUUUCGAUAUUGUUGCGAGGAGAACCGUUGCAAGACUCGGAUCUAGAUAUGUUCUGGGAGCACGCAGAAGGGGCAGACUUUUUCCUGAACGCUAACGUCAAUGUGGUAAUGGUGGCACUUCCGGUCCUUCGAUUUCUUCCCGGAAAAUAUGGCCAACAAUAUCGGCGAGCCAGGAAAGCUUUUGGAAAAUUAGUCGAAUAUUUUGAAGAUAUUAAGAGCAGUUUUCAACCGGGUAAAACAAGAGGACUGAUACAGUGCUAUCUUGAAAAAAGGAGACAGGAAAGCAUGUCUGGUCAAACAAUUUCCUUUACUGACGACAAAAUUGUUGCCCAGCUGUCGGAAGUAGUUGUUGGAGGAAUCCUUACAAUACGGUCAAUGCUAACAGAUUCUUUGCUGGUUCUAUUAAAUCAUCCGGAUGUUCAGACAAGAAUCCAGAAGGAACUCGAUGUUCAUAUUGGACGGGACCGACUUCCGGCUCUAUCUGACUUAGAGAACUGUCCAUUUCUACAGGCCUUUGAAAUUGAAAUGGAACGUUAUUUGAAUGCUGUACCAUUGCUGUUACCCCAUCUCUGUCGAGAGCACGUGAAAUUAAGGAAUUAUGACAUUUCUGCAAAUACAACAAUUAUAGCUAAUGUUUGGUAUGUACACCAUGAUCCGACUGUCUGGGGAGAUCCCUGGAACUUUCGACCUAAAAGGUUUCUUGAUGAAAGUGGAAGACUUCUGCCAGGCGAUCACAUUCUCCGAAAAAGUGUUUUGACAUUUGGGUAUGGCCGGCGGAGUUGUCCUGGAGAGCUGCUUGGGAGGACCCGAAACAUGCUUUAUAUUGCAGCGAUACUACAGCGCUUUACCUUGGAAUUUCCACAAGGUUAUAACGUAACGUGUGAUCCACGACUGCAAGAGGUAUAUGAAAUGAAAUUUACAAUCAGAGCAAAACAGUUUUUGUGCUGCGCAAAAGAAAGAAGAUAAAACAAAGAUCACGACGGGUAGAAAGAAUACUUCCAUGGCAUUACUUUCAAAAUGUUGUCGUAUUUGUGAGAAAAAAAAUCAGUUUCAAAUCUGAUGAUAACUGAAUUCUGGUACUCGUUUUAGUGCUAAUAUAUAACAAAAAUAAGAAUAUUUACUCGAAAAUUUAUUAUUCACUAUGAAAAUUGUCAACUGAGAUUUGAUCAGCAUGGAUCAACUGCCUUCCAUAGUUUUCUUUCAGAUAACAAAUUAUAACAAAGUGGCAUCGUUUACCAAAUUAUGACAAAAUAAAUAUUACACGUA